AUGGUGACGCCUGGCCGCCGCCGCCGCCGCGUGCGCGACUCUAUCGAAGACGACGACGACGAUAAGCUGCUGGACGCGAUGCUAGUUGAGAUCGGCAUUCCCGUCAACACUCAUCAGCCAUCGCCGAGCUCUGCUGCCGUCAACGUCAUUGAGCUCGUGACGCCACCUCGAGACACCUCAUCGCCCGCAAAAAAACGCCAAAAAAACCAGAGCAACAGGCGUUCGAUUGUUGACUUGACCACGUCGCCAUCUUCAUCAAGCCUCUCAAAUGGCUACACCAACUCUACACGAGUAAUGAUCGACGCAACACGUGAAGAGGAAAAAAACGAAAAAAACGAAAAAAACGAAAAAAACGAGCAGCAACAGGACGAGACCCUGUCCUCAUACUCACCAGUCGCCGAGUCUUUGGGGUCGCUAUCGUCUGGUGAAGGUACAUGUUCCUGUCUCGUCUCACUUUCUCCCGAGAUUUUGUGUCUCUCUUCACCAGAAGUUUCUCCUCUUGGACGACGUCAUCGAGUCGGUGGACAGGAGAGAAACAGUGCACAAGCAAGAGCGAGGCAAGUGCGGAGAUUGUCAGGAAGUCUCGAGCAAUUGAGGGUGGAGACAAGUACAGAAAGCAGUGAAUCGAGUCGGAACGAGGCCGAUCAAGAGACGGCAAGUGCUGUACUGGCUACAAGAACGAUGGACGGUGACAGCACUACUACUACUAUUCCUGCUGCUGCUGCUGAAGGUUCAGGAGAUGGGACAGUACCAGCAUCAUCAGCUGGAUUGGACCGAACACGAGUCAUGUCUUCUCGGCCGAGAGCUGCAAGUAGAGCACGUCGUGAUGGUCCUGCUGAUGUUGGGACGGUAAUGGGAAUGGUGGUGCUGCAGAUGGAAAAGUCACUGGAUUCGUCGGUUGUGGGUCAGAGCUUUCGACGCGCUUUACAAAGUCACGUGUACAAUGGAAAACCCGUGCCGUAUACAAUUGCAACGCCGUUAGAUUGUAGUUUGCCGGGAGUGAUUCGAUGGGAGUGUCGACAUGGCGAUACUUUACAUUGUUCAUGUGCGAUAUACUAUGAAGCGAAGGUGUUUCUCGAGGAUUUACAGCAGAAAAGUUACAAAGAAGUGGUUGCGGCUGUGCGGUAUUUGCAAACGUUGGUGCCGAAGAAUCAACAGUCGACAUGUCAGUCUCAACGAGCGAAAGAGCAGCAAAAGGCCAGCAACUUUUUCGUCAUUGUUGAAGGCAUGGACCGGGCGCUCAUUGAACACAAAAAGCAGCGGAAGAGAAGGAAAGCAUCUAGCUCGGCUACCACCACUAUGAGUGAUGGCUCUCCGAUGAUCACUUUUGCGGACUUGCACGAGGUGGCCUUUCAGUUGUUCAUGGACGUGGGGGCACACACAAAGUUCACGUGCGACCUCGAUGACACGGUGAACUACAUUGCACUGCUAACUCGUGAAUUAGUGGUUGCAUCAUCGCGUGCAUCUCUUUCCGAGGAAUACCUCGAUGCUGUGCCUCGGUAUAACUCAUUUCGAGUGACCCGUACUGGGGCUACUACAAGUGCAUGUGCCAACGCUUGGCUGCGAAUGCUCCAAGUCAUCCCCGGCGUGAGUGAGGAUAAAGCGCAGUGUCUUCUGGAUCAUUUUCCUACGUUCGACAGUCUCAUGCAAGCGUAUCACGACCCAAACGCAACGCUUGCACAGAAACAGGAUCUUGUUGCUGACAAACUGCGCGAUGCUCGGAUCCAGCGAGCUCUCUCGAAGCGCAUUUACUCUGUCUUCUGUGAGGAGAACCCUGACGCUUUGGUAUAG